AUGGCGCACGUGCCCAAGUCCACGCUGCCGCUGCUGGGCAACAUGCUGGACAUGUCCACGAACAUGCCGCGCUUCCACGACUGGAUCAGCGAGUACCGUGGAUCGUGCUGUCCUCUGCGGAACUGUUUGAGGACGUUUCUGAAGACGCAGGCGGACAACUUUCUGCGGGGCCCGGUGAGUCAUCAUCAGGCGUACGACGUUUUCGGUAACGGUCUGUCCAUCUCAGAUGGCGACGCGUGGUUCUACCAGCGCAAGACGGCCAGUCACUUGUUCUCCAUGCAGAUAAUGAAGACGGUCAUGGAGGACUCUGUGCGCGAGAAGUUGGACGUCUUUCUGGACGUCCUCGGCAAGUACGCGGCGCGUGGCAAACCGUUUGGUAUCAAAAAAUGGCUGAGUCACUUCACCAUGGACGUGUUCUCCAAGAUCGGCUUUGGCGUGGAGCUGGACACUCUGAAGAACACCUUUGACCAGGAGGGAGAUCACGAGUUCCUCGAGGCCUUCAACGUGGCGUCUGUGGCUUUUGGAGUGCGGAUCCAGACGCCCACGUGGCUCUGGGAGCUCAAGAAAUUCUUGAACGUCGGCUGGGAGAAGAUUAUCAUGGACAACUGCAAGAAGUUCCACGACUUCAUCGACAGCUUCGUCCUCAAGGCCAUGGUCGAGAGAGGCCAGAACAAGGUGGCGCGCGAUCUCAUCUCGCUCUUCCUCGAUAGCUCCAUCGACACGUCGGAGCUGCAGAUCGAGGAGGACGAAGCCACUAUCAUGCGCGAUAUGGUCACCACGUUCAUCUUCGCGGGUAAGGACUCGUCCGCUCACAGUCUGGGCUGGUUCAUCGUCAACAUGAACCGCUAUCCGGAGAUCCUGCGCAAGAUCCGCGAGGAGAUAAAGGAGAAGCUGCCGGGUCUGCUCACGGGCGAGAUCCAGGUGCCGACGGCUGCUCAGCUCCAGGAACUCGUGUACCUUGAGGCCGUCAUCCGUGAAAACAUCCGUCUGCACCCGUCCACGGGCUUCAUUAUGCGUCAGGCGACAGAGGCCACGACGCUCGUUGAUGGCACGUUCGUGGACAAGGAAGUCUCGGUGCUGUUGCCCUCGUACGCCAACGCGCGCAACCCGAGGACGUGGGGCGAAGACGCAUCGGAGUUUAAGCCCGAACGCUUCAUUGAUGCUGACACCGGCAAGAUCCGCAAUUUCUCGCCCUUCGUCUUUAGCAGCUUCGGCUCCGGCCCGCACAUCUGCUUGGGCAUGAAGCUUGCUUUGAUGGAGGUGAAGCUGACGCUGGCCACGCUGCUCAGCAAGUUCGACUUCAAGACUGUGGAGGACCCGUGGCAGAUGACGUACGAUUUCUCGCUCACGAUCCCCGUCAAGCGCCCGAUGGAGGUCGAGGUCACUCCGCUUGUGACCCCCUACGCAGAUUCGGCGUAG